AUGAAUUAAUUAAAUAGUGAUCUGAAAUCAUAAAUUAUAGAGUAUUUCGAAGAAUUGCAAAACAAACUCAAUCAAAUUGGCUACUCUGAUAUACGUGUUAUACUCCCCGACGAUAUUUCAGUAGCAUUUAAAUACAUCACUCGCAUUCUUGAUUAGUUUAUAGAGUAAACUCAAUAUGUACAUUAAGAUUGCAUCAAGAGAUAACUGAAUAAUAUGAACUGUUGGAACAAUCACUAUAAAAAAUUGAAUCAGAAAAUCGAUAUCACAUCCAUGUUCAUUUUAUCAUUUAUUUCAGGUGGAACAAAGAUUAAAGAUUCAUUGUGAUUCAAUAUAAGAGAGUCUUACUCAAAAAGACGAAUAAUGCAGAAUACUUCAAAUGAAAAUCGAUGUAUUUAUUACCUUAUUCAAUCUCAAGCUCUAAGAGAGAUAAAUAUUCCAACUCAAGAAGGAAAUUGAUGUCGCCUCAAGAAGACGAAUUGAAACUGAGAAGAGUGUAACUGACACUCAAUCUAGAGUAUAUUUAUCAUCUUACAGAAGCAAUACUUAAUGAUAAAUGGAAUACCUUCCUAAACAACGCUCAAGUAAAUUAUAAAACCCAAGACUCGACUCCAAACAGAGACUAUUGAAAUCAAUAAAGUUAGAUCAAUCUCGUCCUUAGAUUAUAAUAACUUUUCUAUUUUAAUUAGGAGAAAUGAUGAACGAAAAAAGAGGUCAUCAACUAUUUAAAUCAAUAAAAAAAAGUGA